AUUAAAUAUAUGAUCGAUAAUGUUGUACUUUGCUCAUUUCAAAGACAAGGCUUCAGAGAGAUAAAUUAAAAUUAUAAUUAAAUUUUCGUGAAAUCCGUCAAUAAGUCGGAGCUCGCGCCGCGAUAUACCCCGGAGCAUCUGAAGGUCGCGCGUUAAUUUAACUUUUAUGGCGUCCAAUUCAGAUAACUUCAUUUUUUAUCUCGAAACGAUAUGGCUAAGAUACUAUACAUUGUUUUUUUUCAAUGUAGCGUGAUAUUCCGUCUGCUGGCGGGGAUACCGGAUGGGAGGGUGCCAGAAAGUGUCAAGGAGUUACUGGAUAACGGGAAAGUAGAUGCAGCAGAUCCUAAUUAUAAUCCUAAUUAUGGGUAUGAGCCUUAUUGGCCCAAUGGAGAGUGGGUGUACGAAUUACCUCGUGACCGAGAUAUGAAUAUCUCGACUACGAAGGUUCCAACGGUUUGUGGAGAAGAAUGCAACUAUUUGUAUACCAAGAUUGGAAAUGUAUGUGCUCACAAGUCUGACGACCUCCGCUACUUUGGCUGUUGGUGGCAUGGCUGUUCAGGAUACGAGGUCGAUGAUCUUACGCAAGGAUUUACAACUUUUUCUACAUACUGCGGCUUCCUUGAUGCAAAAUGCAAAUCAGACAUUAACAGCAAAUGGGUGUUCGUUCACGUUGGUGAAUGUUUGGCAUCGCAGAAUUUAACUUACAAGCCUCUGUUCGUCGCGGACCAGCCCGUCAGCAGAAUGGAGAGCUACUUAUCCACCUUGUACUCGUUUUAUAGUUCUCAUGGUAUAAAGAAGACACCGUUUGGAUAAUUACAUGAAAUUAUCUAUGAGCUUGUGGUAGCUUUAUUUACACUAGUGGUGCCUGGGAGUCGAAAAUCGACUAUAUAUAAUUAAUUGAAAUUUUAAGUUUGUACACUAUUAUGUUUCUAUUGUCAAAGACAAUUAUACUUCUUUAAUCACAGAUUACGCCAAGACUACACUUUAGACAAAUAUUCAUAAAGACAAACAAUACCUAUUUAAUCUAUUCUUAAUUUGAAAACAGACUUUAGCUGACUAUAAGAAAAGUUUGACAAUAAACAAAUAGUAUGCAUGUGUGUGUGUGUCAAAUACAUGGUAGUGUGUGUAA